GUUGGUUAACACGUUUCUGGAAAGAUUACAAACUGAACAACAUAUUGGUAAUGUCUGCAAUUUUAACUUUGAACGAUGAAGGUUGAAACAGUAAGGGCAACGUUAAUCAUCACAGUAUUUUAUAUAUUUUCUACUGAUGACAGCCAACGUUUACGAAAUCUAAAUUUUAACCACACAACUCCAGUAUUAUAUAUUAUCAUCUGGGUAUUUAGCUCAUGUUUUGAUCAACUUACUGAUGAAAUGACGAGUUUUAUGACAGGUCAUUUAAAGAAAUCUAUGCAUUUAUUAAAUCCAAACUUAAACAUGCCAAAUGGAUAUGCUACAAAAAUGAAUGACAAACCAUUAACAAAUUCGAAUAGUCAGACAAUGGCACAAAAAGAAAUCGAUUGCAUAAAACAAUUCGAAAGACAACUUCCACCAGAAUAUCCAUGCAUUACAAUAUAUUUUUCUGAUAUGGAAUGUGAUCUAGAAAGAAAAUGUAUAUUGUAUAUUGUAAGAAGAUGGGAUCGAGAUGAUCCAUUUGUUAGUAUGUCACCAUUUUUGAAUGAAUUAGAAAGAGAUUAUGGUAGAGGAUGGAAAUUUGAACGAGUUACUAAUCCAAUUAAAGUUGGCCGUAUAAGUACUUCAUCAAAACCGAAAUCAACCUUUUGUUUUCGCUAUGAACCAGAUUGUUAUAUAUAUAAGUUUUAUAGCGAUUAAAAAAUUGAACGACAAGGGUUAAUUUGAAACAAUACAAAUUGAUAUCAAACUUCAAUACUUGUUGUUUUUCUACAUGUAACGUAUGAAGUCUUAUAACAGUGCGUUCUUUGUUUUAGUGUUAUUGUAGAAACGAUGUAGUGUGAAUUAAUAAAUGAAGAGUUCGUUAGAUUCAUUUAUCACAUUAUUCGCUUCCGAUAAAUAAUUUUACUCAUAAAGGAUAAAUCACUAUGAAAAUGUUGUCGAACGCUUGUAUUUAUAGCGAAAUGAUAUUUAUUCAGUAUAAGGUAGCAACCAGUCUCUCAAUUCUGACGGAAACAGGUGUAAGUAGCAAAGAAAAUUCUUUUUCUCCAAUGUCUAACAGC